CCACCCCAAACAGACCAAUCCGACCUCCCACCCAAACGGCAGGGCAAGGUCGUCCGCCACGACGUAUCCAAACCUCUCCAACACGUCUCCCUCUCCCGAGUCGUACACCUCCUCACGAUCUUCGCAGUCCUCUUCACAGCGUUCUACGCGUACCGAAUUGUACAAUGGAAGAGCGAGGCAGGCGGGUGGUGGAACCUCGCACUUGGUAGGAGACCACCGGAACGCGGGUAUUAUCAACCUGGUGGGCAAAGUGGAAGCGCAGGGUCGAAAGAGGGUGAACUGGAGAGUCACGUACACGCCAUUGCCUCCAUCAUCGGAAUGCAGCCUACAGACCUCGCAUCUGCCUUGUCAGACGCAGUACACCAACACGUCGCACCUAAAACAAUCUCGUCUCUCUCUUCGUCGGUUUCG